AUGUGUCAGGCAAAAUUCAUAUCAGCAGAACAAACCACUGGUGUUACAUUCGAUGAUUUUGCCGGGCAGGAAUACAUAAAGAGGGAAUUACAAGAGAUUGUUCGAAUACUGAAGAAUGAUGAAGAGUUUCAAAACAAAGGCAUUUAUUGCCCAAAAGGUGUGCUCCUUCAUGGACCUCCUGGAACUGGUAAGACACUUCUUGCAAAAGCUAUAGCUGGUGAAGCAGGACUUCCUUUCUUUGCAGCUAAUGGCACCGAUUUUGUGGAGAUGUUUGUUGGUGUGGCUGCAUCUCGUGUGAAGGAUCUUUUUGCUAGUGCGAGAUCAUUUUCUCCUUCGAUCAUUUUUAUUGAUGAGAUAGAUGCCAUUGGUAGCAAACGUGGUGGACCUGAUAUUGGUGGGGGUGGUGCCGAGAGAGAACAAGGCCUGCUCCAGAUACUAACUGAGAUGGAUGGGUUUAAAGUUUCAACAUCACAGGUGUUAGUUAUUGGUGCAACAAAUAGAUUAGAUAUUCUUGAUCCUGCUCUAUUGAGAAAGGGACGUUUUGACAAGAUUAUAAGGGUUGGUUUGCCAUCCAAAGAUGGUAGAUUAGCGAUAUUAAAGGUGCAUGCUAGAAAUAAAUAUUUUCGUUCAGAAGAGGAGAAGGAGAGACUGUUGCUUGAAAUUGCAGAGCUUACAGAAGAUUUUACUGGAGCAGAACUGCAGAAUAUAUUGAAUGAAGCUGGCAUUUUGACUGCAAGGAAGGACUUAGACUACAUAGGACGAGACGAACUUCUUGAGGCCUUGAAGAGGCAAAAGGGAACAUUUGAAACGGGCCAAGAAGAUAGUACUGAAGUCCCUGAGGAAUUAAAGCUGAGAUUGGCAUACCGAGAAGCAGCUGUUUCUGUUCUGUCAUGCUACUUUCCAGACCCUCAUCGUCCUUUCACAGAGACGGAUAUUAAUUCCAUUCGUAGCCAGCCAAAUAUGCGCUACAUGGAGACGCCAGGCACGGUUUUUAAAAGGAAAGCAGAUCAUGUCAACUCUAUAGUGUGUGCAUGUGCUCCUUUUCAAUAUGUAGCCAGAGUAAUUGAGGAGGAGAUGUUUGGCGUUGACAAUUUGUGCUGGAUCUCUGCAAAAGCUACGUUAGGAGCAUCAAGACUUGCAGAAUUUUUGAUUCUGCAGACUGGAAUGACAGCAUUUGGGAACGCUUACUACAGAAAGAAAAAUGAUCUUGUGCCAAAU